GCUCAGCGGCUCGACGGGACGAUGUUUACAUCUCAGACCUCUUCGUUUCAAGAGUCCAUCGACGUGGACGACAGAGAUACAGACUUCGACAAUGAAGAUCUGGCAGCAUAUGGGCAGAAAUCGCAGCAGAUUAACUGUUAUUAUUCCAUAUAUUAUUAUCAAAACACCAGAUGUGAACCGGCUGAAGAAAGUGUCGCCUGGAGCCAAAAGAGAGCCGACUCCACUACAAGCCAGGAUGAUUUUAGUCUCACCCUGUUGGCCAGCAGCCUGCCGGCGGAUGCAGAACCCGAGCUGCGAAGCUACAUCUCACGUAGACUGAGCAAAGGAGCUCUGCUGGGUGGCAUGGGCAACAUCGCUACAGUGGAACUAAGCGUUGCUGAGCAGGCUGUGGGUUGUUACUGCUGCCUCCUGGAGCAGGAGAAAUCUCCAGAACAGCCAGACGCAGACGGGAACGGCUGGGUGAUCUGUCUCCUGGGCGGCUCUGAGAAAGGACUGAACUUGUUCAGGAUUGAGCUGGAUAAGUACGUCCAGGGUCUUCAGAGCACUCUGACGCUAGAGAUGCAGAACCUGGAGACGGAGGUGCAGCCGUAUCUGAGCCGCUGGUACGAGGAAUCGGUCCUGCACAUCCACAGAGUGGUGCAGCUGGUGCAGUCCAGCAUCUCCUACCUGCUUCAUGCUGCUUUGAGUCAUACUCGCGUCGUGGUGACCGGGGCAGACGACAGGACCAAAAGUGAUAUAGCGAGGUUUGUCAAAGCGGCGAGUCUGCAGGGUCUGGUACAGGAGGAUACGACCACGACGUCACUGUGUAAAUCCAUCACCGAGGAACCCCACACGGACCUGCAGAUCGACUGUUCGGGCUCAACGCCCACCUUCAGCAAUGCAGUCAGUAACCAGUUCUGUGACGAGUGGAUCCAGGCGUUCCUGAAUGCUGCUGAGCGCUGUAACCCGUUCCUCCUGCGCCAGAUCCUUGAGAACUUCAAGCUCAAGGCCAUCCAGGACAUGAACAACCUGAAGCGUUUCAUCCGUCAGGCCGAGAUGAGCCACUAUGCGCUUUUCCGCUGCUGUCUGUUCCUGCAGAGCUGUGGUAACGGAGACGUGCUGCUCCAGAACGCCCGGGCCGAACACAGCGGCCUGGCCGACGCCCGCAGCAUCAUUCGUGUACUGGAGGAGUUCCUUGCUGAGCAGGCACCAAUAACAGCGCAGUGAUAACUGCUGGCUGGUUGUAUAAUGGUCUAAUGUGGUGGGUCUGGGAUAAGUUAUUAAUUUAACUGUAUUAUUUAAUCAAAUCUGACGUGGGCAGGGUGGUGCAGUAACGCGUUAGAGCCUGAGGAGGGCAGCAGAUCAUUAGUAUUGAGGUAUUGAUUCCACUGCACUACAGUUGGAGCCAAAAACGUAGAAAUCACCUGAAUUUCACCUGUAGUCAUUAUAUUUUUGUUUGGUGCACAUUAUAAGCUGCUACGUCUUGUUUUGUUUCAUUUCUUUGUUUUCUAAAAACCUAAUUGGGUAAUUAAAAAACCGAAUUGUGUUCAUGCACAAAAUGAGUUCAACAGGUUUAAUAAACCCCUGGCUGAAGAUGAGAAAACACUAUUCAAUCAUUCUCAUAAAUAAAUGUAGGAAUUUUAAACACCAAGGACCCACCGUGACCCUGACUCUAAUAAAGCUGUGGUAAAACAGACAAUGAAUAAAGGCAAGAUUGGUUUAAUCGGUUAAAUUUUGCCUACUGACGACAACCAGGCCAGACCUGCUCUCUACACAGCUGCACUAUGGGUCGAGACAUGGGUCGUAUGUUCCUGUAUGUGUGUACAUACCUGUUAUUUGCACAGCACCCAAGACUCCUCUUCCAUGUAUGUUAUUAUACAUAUUAUACUAUAUAUCACCAGUCCUAACAUGAGUUACAUUUUAUGUCAGAUUGGGACAUAAUGUGAUUUGUUUAGGGCGUGAUGACCUCUUAAGUGAAGUAAUCUUUCUGUAUUCUGCACCAAAAUACUGUAUUUUGUUCUUAUUUUCUUUAUUAAGAGACAUUCCAGCAUUGCAUGUGCUGUUUAGAGAAGAAUCUGUGUGUGAAGUCUGGUAAUUAAACGUAUGUGAAGAUGAAGUGGAUGUAUAAAUAUGCACACACUGGGUCGAGUUGUUGAAAUGUCUCCCAAAUAACCAAUAAAUAAAUAAAUAAAAAUGUCUAGUGUAAAA